AUAAUCGAAUGAUGUGGAAGAAUGGAUCAGGUUCCGCCGCUCGCCGUCUGGAUCCGUUCGUUUCCUACGCCCGCCUCUCCGCUCUCUCUCGGUGCCUCCGUCUUCCGCUCGAUCCUUCCUCAGCGCCACCCCCUGAGCCGCCUCCGCUUUGCCUUCGACUGCGCCGCUGGCUCCUCUCGUCCGGCGAGCCUCCGAUGGAGCUGGAGCAAGAGACAGCGUGGCGGCCCGUGGCGGCGCGCCUUUCCUAUGAGGGCGAGUCGCAGGGAGUCGCCUUACGAGGUCCUCGGCGUAUCCCCUUCGUCCAGCCCGCGUGAGAUCAAGCGGGCUUACCGGAGGCUCGCCCUCAAGUACCAUCCUGAUGUCAACAAAGAGGCAAAUGCUCAGAAGAAAUUCAUGAGAAUCAAACAUGCAUACAAUACCUUGAUGAAUUCAGAAUCACAGUCCAAGUAUGGGAACCAAAGUGGUGAUUUCUCAAGAACAGCUGAAAAGAGAAGUGACCCUGAUGAAGAAUUCUAUGGUUUUGGAGAAUUUUUCAAAGAUGUUCAAAUAUCACUAGAGCAAUUCUUUCAAGAUCUACAAGCUGAAUUUCGUAACUGGGAAGCAGGAAUAAACUCGCAAGAGGCACCUAAAAGUUUAUGGGAAGAGUUAUCCGCCAUUGGUGAGGAAUUUGUCGAGUUUUUGGAGAAGGAGCUUAACAUUAGUGAUUUGGAUACUGAAAAAGAUAGCUCUUCAGAUGAGUAUCAGAAUGGGAAUCCAUCUCAAUCUUCUAGGAAUGAGAAGAGUAACAAGGAAGGUAGCAUUGAAGAUAGUAUUGAGGAAAUUGAGGAAACUCUUGCUCAGUUGAAAAAGGAGCUGGGGCUGUAGAUCCAUCGGAGAGUUACAUCAAGCUGUGUACUAAUAGAGAAAGAAAAGGUUGGUCAUUCUUUUGGUAAUUGAAUAAAGAUAAACUAGAUAAUAGAAGCCUCAAGUUUUCCGUAACCUGGUAUACUGUGAUGUACAUCCAAGCACCAUUUUGGUGCCUCUGAACUCUAGUUCCAAUGUAUUUGUGACAUCCUUUGUGCAUACCAAUUUUGAUCUGUUCAAUUGUCAGGCAUAUCUUUGUUUA